GGCACGCGCCGCUCACACUCAUCCAAUAUGAACCCCCUCAUUCGUUCACUUCGUUUUUCCACUCUGCCUCGCAGCGCCCUGGCAGCGCGUCAUGCCCCUAAGCGACUGCAAAUCCGCCCCAUCACUCCUCUUAUUCCACUUCGCACUGUGGCCAACACCGUCGGUCCAGGCAGCCAAUCUCUGUCGCAUGCUCGCCAAAACAUGAAAGAAGAGGCUGGAAACUCCGUCAAGGACCUCGCCAAAGCCAUUGCUGGCGUUAACCCGGCUAAAGACGAUAGUUUCACCGCUAUCACGGGCUCUCUUGCCUCCGAAGUCCCAUCGUCCGUUAUGACAUUCGGUCUCGCCGGCGGUCUUCCGUACAUCGGGGCAGCCGCUACGACCGUCUACCUUGCUCGUGAAGCCACAUUGGGCGCGACGAGCAUCGACCCGGGCGUCGCUAUCACUGUCCUCGACCAGGCUCUCAACCUGCAAGUCACGUACGGCGCAGUCAUGCUCUCCUUCCUCGGUGCGCUUCAUUGGGGCAUGGAAUUCUCCGGCCUCGGUGGCCACCACGGCUGGCGACGACUCGCUCUGGGCGCGGCCCCCGUGCUGUAUGCGUGGCCGACACUGGCCAUGGACCCGACAAUGGCUCUCUGCGCUCAGUGGGCCGGAUUUACCGCCCUCUGGUGGGCAGACUCGCGUGCCACGGUUGCUGGCUGGACUCCCAAAUGGUACUCGCAGUACCGCUUUUAUCUUUCCAUCCUCGUGGGCACUUGUAUCCUCGGUUCUCUGGCCGGCAUUACCUACUGGGGUCCAGUCGGUGGCCACGGCCUUCUUGACCACGAGCUGCACGACAUCCGUAAAGAACGUGCCACUCUUCAGAAACAGCCAGAGGUUCUCUACGGCAAGGAGAUGACUAUUCUGCCGGGAGAAGACACUUUCACUCGUUUGCGAAAAACCGAAGACAUUGAGAAAGAACAGGCUGAGCGGGCUGAGAAGGAGGCUGAGAAGGAGAAAGCCCAGAACAAGUGGAUCAAGACUGUCAUGGUCGUCCUGAAGCACAAGAAACUUGGUCCCGGUCUGGGAGCCAAAGCGUCGAUGGCAAAGGCAUCCGGUGCUCGUGCCAGAUCUUCCCUGGCCCGAAAACCGAUCGGAAACAAGCUUACCACGCUCCAAAUCGAGGCCAGGACCACGAUGCAGCACCGGUUUGCGCAAACGCGCCCUCAGCGGUUCUACGAGCGGGUGGACUAUUCGUUGGAGAAACUGUACUUGAAGGUCAUCGACGUGCAGCGGCGCCUAUACGCGAGCCUGCGGAGGUUUGUUGGAACACAGAUGGUUCUUAGGAGUGCCGUGCGGCCGUUGACCUGCCGGGAUGCUCAUUGGCUUGCGCGGAUCGAGCCGAGCUUGAAGAGACGGCGGCCCAUUGUUCGAUCUUCGUAUCGCUGGGGCAAGCCCAAAACGCUUCCACGGCGCGUCAAAUCAAAGUCGCGCUUCAAGACCAAAGUGCCGAGGAGUUCAGAUGCACGAGUCUGCUCCCUCGCAGAACAACGUGACAAAUUAAUGGGGUCCUGCGCUGGUUCGCAGUUAAUACCAUCCCACGUCAUCCCCGACGCGACGGAUCGCUUUUGGCCCCAAACUUAUUCCGCCACCAUCGCUCGGCGGGCAAACGCGUGCCGAACCAUGAAGAACGGUCCCCAGCAGACUUUCGUCUGGAGGCGGACACGCUCGUCAUUGUGCAACGUCUAUGCAGUCCCUAAUCAGACACUUGUCCCUGCCGCAUCCGAUCCAGAAUUUGCUGAGCAAGUUUCUGCAUGCCAGGGUCCAGUACACCGCAGCCCGUCGAUCAUCACCGAAGGCAUCUCAUACACGACCCAUGGCCAUUCGCGACUGCCCUUGGAAGCAAAGAAACGGGAUGCGGAUCGAGCCGGCAUGGACUGGGCCGACGAGCGAUGUUACAAAAAGAGUCGAAUGAUGAAACUUGUGCUUGGAGAGGAUCCUGGGCACUGUACUCCCAAUUACUCACCCUGAUGUUCGAGUAUUAGGCUUGUUUCAAGGCUUAUGGGGCAUAUUCCCGGCAAUUAAGUUCAAGAGGAGCCUGUUUUGUUAAGAGGAUCUUUUCGUACUUUUCUAACAUUCGGAUUCGCUGAUCACCCAGGGACUACAUCUCGCGUAGAGUCACGCUCACAUGAUUCGAGCGUCACACUAGGUUUCCUGAACUUAGUGUGCAUGUCCAAAGCACGUUAUUGACUCCGUGGAAGUCCG